GAGGUUGGGGUCAAUCAAUAGGGCGAACGCUAUCUCCGAUUUAACUUAUGAUUAUAUCAAAACAUACGUUGUUCUUUUAAUGUUUAUCAUAAAUAAUGGCGACUUGACUGUCACUCAUUGCAAAUCAAUUGAUAAAUAUUAAAAACAUAAUCCUUUAUCCUGGAAUCUACAUAGGAUUUAACACUAAAAAUGACAGAGAAACAGUUGGAUUGUGCAUUAGAUUUAAUGCGUAGACUGCCUCCGCAGCAGAUUGAACGCAAUUUAAGUGAUUUAAUUGAUUUGGUUCCUGAAUUAUGUGAAGACCUUCUUUCAUCCAUCGAUCAACCUUUAAAGAUUGCCAGAGACAAAGAAACAGGAAAAGAUUACUUACUUUGUGAUUAUAAUCGUGAUGGUGAUUCUUAUCGUUCUCCCUGGAGCAAUACUUAUGAUCCUCCACUUGAUGAUGGUGCCAUGCCAUCAAAUAAACUUAGGCAACUUGAAAUAGAAGCAAACAAUGCAUUUGAUCAAUACAGAGACAUGUAUUUUGAAGGCGGAGUUUCUUCUGUAUAUUUAUGGGAUUUAGAUCGUGGUUUUGCUGGCGUUAUUCUUAUUAAAAAAGCUGGAGAUGGCUCAAAUAAAAUUCGUGGUUGUUGGGAUUCUAUUCAUGUUGUUGAAGUUCAAGAGAAGAGUGGUGGAAGGAAUGCUCACUAUAAACUUACCUCUACUGCAAUGUUAUGGCUUCAGACUCAGAAAGAUUCUUCUGGAAUGAUGAACCUUGGUGGAAGUUUAACUCGUCAGGCAGAGAUAGAAAGUAGUGUUAGUGAUAUAAAUCCUCAUAUAGUCAACAUUGGAAAGAUGAUAGAGGAUAUGGAAAAUAAAAUUAGAAAUACAUUGAACGAAAUUUACUUUGGUAAAACAAAAGAUAUCGUAAAUGGUUUAAGAAGCGUUAAUAGUUUGGACGAAGCUAAAAAGCAAAAUAACCUUCAAGCUGAACUGUUUAAAAAUUUAAAGCAACGACAGAAUGCUCCAAAAUAAAUUAGAAUAUAGUAUUUUCAAGCACUGCUCAGCGGAAAAAUAAUUUUUUUUAUAUUAAACAUAUAACUUGACCGAUAAAAAUUUUUUAAACUAUCUAUUUUUUCGACAUUUUUUAUUUGAUUUUUGUAUUUUCAGCGCGCCAGUGCUUUUAAAACAUUUUCGUGUUGACGGAGCACUUUUCGUUUGUCGAUAAUUAGGUUUUCGUUUCAUCGUGUUUAUUUUUCUUGUACAGUUUUAAAUAGUUAAUUAAAGCACAUUAAUAUUCUUAA